AUGAAAGAAAAUGCUUGUCUUAUUUGUAUUGAUGGUUGGGGUAUUUCCUCAGAGGAUCCUACUGGUGAUGCAACCCUUAAUGCAAAUACGCCUAUAAUGGAUAAAUUUAAGGCAGAAUAUCCUUAUGCAACAUUAGAAGCUCAUGGUUUGGCUGUUGGGUUACCUGACGGACUUAUGGGUAAUUCUGAAGUUGGUCAUUUGAAUAUUGGUGCAGGUCGUGUAGUUCAUCAGGAUGCAUUAAGAAUUGAUUUGGUUGCUAAAAAAAAAGAAUUUCUUAAAAUUGAAAAUAUUAGAAAAUCUUUUGAACAUGCCAAGGAAACUCAUAUCAAUCAUUUAAUUCACCUUUUGGAAUCUGCAAAAGGCUUUGGUAUUUGUGAUGCUUAUGUGCAUUUUUUUGGUGAUGGGCGUGAUACCGAUCCUCGUUCAUCUGAUAAAUAUCUUGAACAGCUCCAAAAAGUUUCAGGUGAAAUUAAUUAUGGUAAAAUUGCUACCAUGACUGGAAGAUAUUAUGCUAUGGAUAGAGAUAAAAGAUGGGAAAGAAUUAAGAUUGCAGUUGAUGAUGAAACUGAUGAGUUUUUAAAACCAAUAAUUGUUAAUGAAGAAGGACUUAUCAAAGAUAAUGAUACAUUGUUUUUUUUUAAUUUUCGAUCUGAUCGAAUGCGUCAAAUUGUCCAGACUCUUGGUAUUUCACCACCACCAUUUGAGAUUGAGAUUCCAAAAAAUCUUCAUAUCACAACUAUGACAAGAUAUAAAACGGAAUUUUCAUUUCCAGUGGCAUUUUCUUCACAAAUUAUGGAUAAUAUUUUAGCUGAAUGGCUUUCAAAGAAUAAGAUUCCUCAAUGUCAUGUUGCAGAAACCGAAAAAUAUGCACAUGUAACAUUUUUUUUUAAUGGAGGAGUGGAGAAACAAUUUGAACUUGAAUGUCGCCAUCUAAUUCAAUCACCAAAAGUAGCAACUUAUGAUCUCAAACCAGAAAUGUCAGCAUUAGAAAUUGCAGAAAAGGUUGUAGAAGAAAUAACUUGUGGAAAGUUUCCUUUCAUCAUGUGUAAUCUUGCAAAUCCUGAUAUGGUAGGUCAUACAGGAAUUUAUGAAGCAGCAGUGAAAGCUGUUGAAACAACCGAUAAAGUUAUUGGUUUGAUAUACGAAGCUUGCAAAAAAAAUAACUAUAUACUUUUCGUUACAUCUGAUCAUGGUAACGCUGAGCAAAUGAAAGGUGAAGAUGGUAAUCCUCAUACUGCUCAUACUUGUAAUCCAGUUCCCUUUGUUAUGACAUCAAAGAAUUAUUCGUUUUCUGAAUCUGCAAAAGGUGCACUGUGUGAUGUGGCUCCUACAAUUUUAGAUGUCAUGGGAUUAGAAAUACCAAAAGAAAUGACUGGCACAUCAUUAUUAAAAAAAUAA